GUAUCCGCCACUCUCCAGUGGCCUCGCGAGUGCGCGCAAUUCAGGCUGAAAGACGCCGGUUGUACUCGUAUAUUCUCGGCAUAAAACCCCCAGAGUCUCCAACCCCCCGAUGGAUGAUAGAAGCGUGGUGGAAGCCGGUUUAUCCGCAGAACAUGUCGCGUACUCCCGCUAAACAGUCGAUCGCUAAUUUUCAACGGAUCUUUUAUUCUUCUGUGCUAAAUUUUCGGUGGAUUUACUCCUUGUUGUUUGCUUUUUAAUUUUUUGUUGUUGUUAAUGCUUAUUAUUUUUAAUUUUGGAAAUUAAUGUUAAUAUGUUCUAUAGACGGUGAUUUGUGUAUGCAAUUAAUAAAUAUUUAAAAUAAGUAAUUAAUAAUUUGGUGUAAAAAAAAUAUAAAAAUGAAAUGAAUGAGUGGUUUAUUUAAACUGUUUUUAGUGUUAAUCAAUAUGUGUAAUACCAAUUGAUGGCAAUAAUGUAUUUGCUUAUUAUAAACACAUGUGUUAACGAACAAACAAAAAUGAUAAGUUGCUUAUGUAGUGGCUGGGCAACCCAGCUGAGCAAUGACAGAAAUCACCAUUGUUAGUUUAUUGGUAAUAUAUUGAUGCUGUGAUUUGUUGAUCUUGUUGUUGUUAUUGUUGUGCUGGAGAAACGGAUUUAUUUUUAAAGAAACGAGUAAAGCUCUGAGGAAAGAUAAGACACAUGUGCAGUUAGGGUAUUGUUGGUAUUUACUGAUAGAUAUAUAGAUGAAAAUCUAAUUCUAUAAUUUUUUAUUUUUAAUUGGUUGAGAGACAAGUGAAAGAAGUGAAAAUGAUGUACUCACCUGAUAAGAUGAUGGGAAGUAAGGGUCUUCAUGGGACACCUAUUUCUGCGCCCGGGUGCUUUCCUUCCGGAAGAUACUCGCCGCCUUCUUAUCGCUCAGGCCCAGAAUCCAUGCCGCCUCCUCCGCCGCCGAGACGAUGCAUGCCCAAUCCUGGGAGUCGGAUAUUGGAAGAUGCCUCGAUAAUGUGUAAUUCCUGGUCACCUAGACACAAUGGUGACUUAUUUGGCGGUUUGAAUAGCGGACUACAAGACGGUCUGCUUUCGAGGGCAGAGGCUUUGGCAGCUGACUUAGGAAAGCACAAUGCAGGCACGCCAAUGCCUCUUAAGCAUGAUCCUGUAUCUGUAUAUCAUCACGGGGCACAUAUGCCUAGUCCACACCCAAACAAUCGGCCGCACCAUCAGGUACAAUCACACCUAUUUAUGAUCGCUCGAUGCUUGCAGAUGAGCCACCCGGGAAUGGAGAGCCUAGACAUGUUGGAUCCAGCGAACUCAAUGACCACGCUGACCCCGAUGUCCGAAGGUGGAGGCGGGGGUGGCGGCGGACCAGGCCAUCACGGCGGAAUCCACGGGCCCUCAGUUUACGGCGGAAUGAACGGCAUGAUGAGCCACCACCACCACGCGAAUAUUGGCGGAAGUGUUCCCCACCCCCACCACCCAGCGAUGGCCGCAGCAGCUGCAGCGGCAGCAGCAGCUGGGCUUCAUCCUGAUGCAGACACAGACCCCCGAGAACUUGAAGCCUUCGCAGAAAGAUUCAAGCAGAGACGCAUAAAGUUAGGCGUGACCCAAGCGGACGUCGGUAAGGCCCUCGCUAACCUAAAACUACCCGGCGUCGGCGCACUUUCCCAGUCAACGAUAUGUCGCUUCGAGUCGCUGACUCUUUCUCAUAACAACAUGAUCGCGUUGAAGCCGAUUCUCCAGGCCUGGCUGGAGGAAGCCGAAGCCCAGGCAAAGAACAAGAGACGCGACCCUGACGCCCCCUCAGUCCUUCCGGCCGGCGAAAAGAAGCGGAAACGCACGAGUAUCGCUGCGCCGGAAAAACGCUCACUAGAAGCGUUCUUCGCGGUCCAGCCGCGACCCUCCGGAGAAAAAAUCGCCGCAAUCGCUGAAAAAUUAGACCUCAAAAAAAAUGUUGUCAGAGUUUGGUUCUGCAAUCAACGACAAAAGCAGAAACGCAUGAAAUUCGCGGCUCAGCAUUGACCCGAGGGUGGUUUGUGACAGCAAAACUGACUGUACCCGCCACCAGCCCCUACGAACCUUGAACCGAAGCCCGAACCUCUUGGGGAGUAUCAAGGAUGGCCGUAGGUUAUCAAUAAUGAUAGAAAUAUCUAUUGCGGAGCUGGUGGGUGUCAGAAUUGUUGUUACACUAAUGAAGAAUAGUUUUAAUAAAUAAAUUAAUAAAUAAAAUAAUAUAAUAUUCUUAAUUUAAAUAAAUAGAUUGUUUAUAAAAAACAUUCAAGUGACGGCAAAUUCAGUGCGUGGAAAAUUGUUGGAUUAAUACACUAAAUCAUAAUAUAGAAAAACUAUGCCAGUCUUUGAUAAAAGUGAUCAUUAUUAUUAAAAAUUGUAAUUAUUGUUAUUUUAAAGAGACUUGAAUAUUUUUCAGAGAGAGAGGGAGAGAGAGAGAGAUACGUAGAUAGAUACAGAGAGAGAAAGAGAGAGUUCAGCUUCCUCCUUUAAACUGUCUUACCUUUUUAUUUUAUUCUCACCUUAAUUUUUUCUCUCUCUUACUCUCACUUAUUCUAUUAGAAUUUGUUUGAUUUUUUCUUUUUUAAUUAUAUUUAUAUUUAUUUAUUAAUUGAUAAAUAUAAAAAUUAUUUUAUUCAACGGAUUUCUCCCUCUCGUUUUCUUCUUGUCCUUGUAUUGUGUAAAGCACACUUGCGGUCAAAUCGAUCAAACGUAACCCACUUAGAGUCUAUAGAUCAGACGUAUGAAAUUUAACGUCGUUCAACCCACACACGGAUAGAAUACUAUAUAUAUGUAUGACGAGAAAUAUUAUUUUAAACUAUCAAAGAAAAGUCAAGAAGAAAAAUAAAAGAAUAAAAAUAUGGAUAUAACGUGUAUUGUGGAUGGACAAAUAUGAUUCCCACACUAGUGGCUAGUUUAUAUACCUUUACUUUUGUUUUAAAAACAUGUACCAAACCGACUAGAGUCACGUGUAUAUGCCGAUAAAUACAGCUGUGAAUAUCGUACAUGUAAGCUUACAAUCACUUG